UCCACUAUUUGGAAGUACUUUGGCUUUCAGGAGUCCGACGUGGAGCAAAACAAAGUACAGUGCAGGAUUUGUUACCAGGUUGUGUUGGCACCACACGCUAACACAACCAAUCUCUUUAAUCAUCUGAAAUACAACCACAAAGUGCAAUACGACGGGGCAAUAAUACAACAAAAAGCAGACCAAAAAGAUGCCCGCUCGACUUCAUCCACAACAUCAUCACAGUCAUCGAUUCAGGACGCAUUGCACAGAGCAACGGCCUACGCGACGAGCUCGCAGAGACACAGAGAUAUUACAGGUGCCAUUACAUUUCACAUCGCUAAAGAUAUGUGCCCAGUUAGCACUGUUAGCAACCAGGGCUUUAAGCAACUUGUCAACACGUUGGACAAGCGUUACGAGAUGCCGUCUCGGUAUUAUUUCAGCAGGUCUGCGCUGCCUGCGCUAUAUGACAAAUGCCGUGGGGAAGUUGAGAGAGAUGUGGCUUCAGCUGACUACUUUGCCACCACAACGGACCUAUGGUCUAGCCGCACCAUGGAGCCAUACAUGAGCCUCACAGUUCAUUAUAUCGAUGCCGAUUUCAAUUUGAAGACAAAGUGUCUCCAAACCGCAUUUUUCCCUGAAGACCACACGGGGCAAAACAUCGCCCAUGGACUGAGGGAAGCGAUGGCUGCUUGGGGGUUAAAAGAGGAUAAACUCGUCUGUAUGACUACGGACAAUGCCGCAAAUAUAAAGCUGGCGGCUGAGGUCAAUGGAUGGAUGAGGCUCCAGUGUUUCGGGCAUAGACUCCACUUGGCCAUAGAGAAUGCAAUGAAGGAUCCCAGGAUCGGCCGUGCAGUGGGGCUUUGCAAGAAGCUGGUCAGCAGCUUCUCCUACAGUUGGAAAAAGAAGAGGGAACUUGCAUCUGCCUGAACACUCCCUAAAGACAGAAUGUCCAACCAGAUGGGGAUCUAGGCAGGCCAUGAUCGACAGGGUCCUCGAGCAGCAGAAGGCCAUUGCCCAGGUCCUUUCCAGCGACCGAAAAACCAGACAUCUCUCCCUCACGUGGCAGGACGUUGAUGUACUGGAGGCAAUCAAUAAGUCGCUUAGCCCUCUGGUGGAAUUCACAGACGCACUUUCUGGAGAGAAGUAUGUAAGUGUGUCUUUUUUUAAACCAACCCUGCACCUCUUCAACAACUCAUUGCUGGCAGUGCAGGAGGAUGACACAGACCUCACAAAAAGCAUAAAAAAGAAGAUACUAGACUAUCUCAAUGAUAAAUAUGAUGACGCAGCGACACAAGAGCUGCUUGACAUGGCCUCUGCCCUGGACCCGAGAUUCAAGCUCAAAUAUGUCAGUGAGGACAAUCGAGGAUCCAUUGAAGCCAGCCUGACAACUGAGAUGAGGAGGGUGAUGACACUCAUGGAGAACGCCCCUCUUGAGACGGCAGCGGUGCCUGCAGGUGACACGGAGGAUGCUGCUGCAGCUGCACCAAAGAAGAAAAAGAAGGGACUGGGGAGCUUCUUCAAGGCCACCGUAGACCAAGCUGCAGAACCUCAACCUGCUCUGGAAAAGGACAAGGCCAUAGCUCUUGAGCUACAGUCCUACCUCCAGGCAGUGCCACUGGAUGCUGAGGAGGACCCACUAAAGUGGUGGAGGGAAUCCCGGAAGUUCUACCCACGGCUCUCCAUCCUGGCAAGGAAGUAUCUGUGCAUCCCAGCCACAAGUUCCUCUUCAGAGAGGGUCUUCAGUACAGGUGGCAAUAUUGUCACCUGCCUGCGCUCGUCUCUGAAACCAGACCAUAUGAAUCCAGAAUGGUGCCAGCAAAGCCACCGAUGA